ACCUACAAAAAAAAAAUUUAUGUAACGAGAGUGCCUGAUUAUUUGUUGGUAUAUAUCGUGCGGGUGAUGAUCGAGAAGCACAUUUAUUGAAUUAGUUUUUAGUAAUGGGAAAAAAAUAUUUCGGAAAUAACAUCACGUCGAAUAAGUGGUUGCAGAACUCACGUUUUGAAAUUCCUGUAAAAUGUCUUUUUUUUUCGUUGUGAGUGUGUGCUGACGAUGGUGAAAUUCAAUUGGUGAACUGCUUUUUUUCUUCUUUUUUUUUGCGAAAAUACAUUUCCGCACUAAGUCUUGACUAGUGCAAUUUAAAACGUUUUAAAACAUAGUUUGCUUGAAGUGAAAAUUAAAAUUAGAUAACCGGAUAAUACGGAAAAGUAAUUUAAGUUGUAUCGUGUCGGAGCUGAUGUUCGGAGGAGCUUUUCGCAGAUGAUAUACAUCAACAAUAUCCGCAGUUGUCAUAUAACACAAGUGUAAAUUUAGUUGAUUCAAAGGAAAACAAAAAUAUGACGCCUCACACGACCGUAUCGCAUCAACAACCAUCAGCAACCAGCAACAACCAGCAGCAGCAGCAACAACCACCACCAACAGCGCCUCAACAACAAUCCGCACAAAAUCCUAUACAAUCGGGACCACCACAAAAUGCAAACAUUCCCUCACACAUAGCUCAGCAAGCUGCGCAACAACAUCUUUAUUCACAACCACCACCAAAUUUUGUACCACACAGUGGUGGUAUGUAUCAGAUAUUGCCACAGGGAAUGCCGAACGUGUAUGUUAAUAAUGUGACGGCCAACGUCAAUCUGCACGGCUAUAUGUCUCAUGCUCCCAUGCAACACUAUAUGUCAGCCAAUGCUCCACCUUUUAUACCCGCUGACAUGCAGCAGCAGCAACAACAGCAGCAGCAACAGGCAGUGCCUUCUAUGCAUGAACAGCAACAACCACAGGCAUCAGGUACAAAUUCAUAUGUUCGUGGAGGUGGAAUUCGUGGAAGAGGACGCGGUCGUGGUGGAAAUAGUGGAAGUGGAACAACACGACGCGAAUAUUUACGCCAGCAGAAUACACAAGAAGUUCAGCAACCGGUGCUUGAUCAACAGUCAAUGUUGCAGCACGGAAAUUUUAUCUAUUAUCCAUAUUUCGCUCCUCAACACAUGCAAGUCGGUAUGCCAUCUGCUCAACACGCCACUGGAAGCCUGACUGGUCAGCCACUAUAUGCAAGCAACAAUAUGAUGCCCACAACAUAUAUACCAGCCCAUCAAAUCUACGGUUAUCCGAAUGUAGUGUAUCCAUCCAUGGUGCCACCUGACUAUUCGAUGAUGGAAGGUAAAGUUGAUGAGUCGCCGGAAAAUGCGAUGCAACAAAUGUGGCAUCACAUACCAAUUGAGUAUGCUGACCAUCAACAAAUUGAACAUCAAAUGCAUCAACAACAUCCGGAAGAAUUCAUGCAACAGGAAGAAAUGGACGAAUAUAAUUACAAUCAAAAUAUUGAUCACAACACACCGCAUAUGUUGAGUCCAAUGUAUAAAGAAGAUCAACCGUAUCAGCAAAUGCAUCUGUCGCCCGAAUUCGUUCCGCAACCACUAGUUCAUUUGAGUCCUCAACAAAUGAUUGAAGUGCAGCCGCAACAACAGCAUCUACAACAACAGCAAGCUGUCGCUGCACAACAAGCUCAACAACAACAACAAAUUCAACAACCAUUCAAUGAGACUGUUAGUGGCAAUGAAUAUGACUCGACAAACAACCAGGACGGUAAUAACGUAGACGCUGCCACCGUGGCAUUGCCCAAUCAACAUGGAAAUGACUAUCACAAAUCGAUUGACAGCUUUAACAAUAAUGUCCAGGACAAGAAUAUGCCACCAGUCGAAAAUUCACAACCGAGAAUCAUACCUAGCGAUGGAGUCAAAGUGCCAGUUGUAACAACUAUCAAUAAUAAUAAUUCGUUGAAGGGUAGCAAUAGUAAUACUAGUAGUAGUGACAAUAGCAAUUCUGGAAGUGGUAUUUCUAGUGGCGGUUGUGAUAAUAAAUCCGUUGAAUCAACCAGUGUCGUGCCAAAAUCUGUACAACUCAAUUCAGUGCAAGCACAGCCACCUGCUGUUAUUUCUACUGCCGAUUUGAAUAAGUUGGCCACAAGUGUAAGUGAAAAGUUAAUAAUAAAAAGUGAUCAUGGUCCGUUAAAGCCAACGUCAACGGGUCCCUGGAAUAAAAAGAACACUACAUCGGUUGCCGUUUCGGCUGUACCUAUUUCCUAUCCACCGCCACCUUUUCAAACAACAAACACUCGUAAUACUGACUCAACCUCAUCAACAAACCACAAACCAACAGUGCCAAAGUCAGAUAAUACGCUGACAAAAGAAACAACAAAAGAUACGACGGACAUCUCUUCGGAACAACUACAGAAACCCAUUUCGGUCAACGCAUCCACAUCGAAUACUUAUCAAUCUUCCAUCGAAUCGCGUUCGGUUAAAGUUGAAGUAAUUCCGCGUUCUGAUAACAGUUCGUCAGUGGUCAACAGUUCGGACAGUGUGCUAUCUUCGACUAAGUCAAUUGUCAAAGACGAAGCCACAGCGUCAACACAGAAUCCAAUUCAAUCGCCAACUAUUGCAUCGUUAAAUAACGAGCCCAGUACUGCUGCCACACCAGCUGCACCACCCACAUGGGCAGGACUGUUUGCAGCUAAGCCAGGUUACGCUACUAGAACGCAUUCGGAGUCAAUUUCUAGAAAACCUGUUGCAAAGGUGUCACCGUUUGAAACAUCAUUGAACAAUGCGCCACAAAACAACUUUUCUUUCGAAGGACAACUAUCUUACUCGGCUGCUUCAUCUCAGGGAUUACCAACUCCGAGCUCCAAUGUUUCGUUAGGAACCGGUGCACACAAGAAAACUGUGACCGUUGCUCCAUCGAAAGCCACAAUAGCACCACAAGGCGAUGAAUCAUCGUUGAAAAUGGGUGAAUUUUUUCAAAAAUACAAGGUCGACAAUUCUUCAGUCAGUCUGCGACCGCGAGGUCUAAUAAACCGUUCAAACAAUUGUUAUAUGAAUGCUAGUCUUCAGGCGCUUGUUGCAUGUCCACCGUUCUACAAUUUGAUGAGAUCAAUCCCACUCCAACCCGUUGUCCUACGAUCGAAAACAAAUACACCGACAGUUGACGCAAUGGUCGAACUGAUUAACGAAUUUAGUCACUUACCUCCUGGUGCCCGUUUAACCCAACAUAAAAAAAGUCACAAAAAGGAAGACGUCGCAUACGAUUUGGUCAGCGAUCAGCCAUUCGAACCAACAGGAAUUUAUAAACUGUGGAACAGUGCACGACCAGAAAACGAGGGGAGACAAGAGGAUGCCGAAGAAUUCUUGGGUUUCCUUUUAAAUAAACUGAACGACGAAAUGCUCGAGCUUAAGAAGUUGGUUGAAAAACCUGCUGUCGCUGAGCCACAGCAAAGUGUUGCCAAUGGUGACGUGAAUGGUGAGACGGCAGAUGACGGUGAUGAAUGGCAGUUGAUUGGAAACAAAAAUAAGGGUAGCAUAACCCGAUCAGCUGACUUCGGACGUACACCCCUUAGCGACAUAUUCCGUGGAGAAUUAAGAUCGCGACUUCAACGGGAAGGCGACCAUUCAACCGAUAUAAUGCAACCAUUUUUCACAUUACAAUUGAACAUAGAGAAAGCCGCAUCUGUAAAAGAGGCUCUGGAGAAUUUCGUUGGCAAAGAUCAGGUCGAUGGUGUAACGUGCAGCAAAACAAAUCAGGAAGUAAUGGCCUGGCAACAAAUGACAUUGGAAAAACUACCCGUUGUAUUGGUGUUGCAUUUAAAAUGGUUCGAUUACAAGCUGGAUGGUUGUACGAAAAUUUUGAAGACCGUCGAAUUCCCCAUUGAGCUGAAAAUAGAUUCAAAAAUCAUUUCUUCAAAGAAAUACAGCCAGAAGCAGAAACAAUACAAACUCUUUGCGGUUGUUUAUCAUGACGGAAAGGAAGCAUCGAAGGGACAUUACAUAACGGAUGCCUUCCAUUGUGGUUAUUUGUGUUGGUUGCGAUAUGAUGAUAGUUCGGUUAAAGUUAUAAAUGAGAGUAGUGUUCUUCAUCCACGGGUGCCACGAGUACCGUAUUUGUUAUACUAUAGGCGAUCGGAUACGAUUGGACAGCCGAGCAAUCACAAGUGAUUGGAAUUAUACAUUUGUGAGAAAUUAACAAGUUGACAUGUGAAACGACGGGUGAGCAGUCCGCUUUACUAUUAAUCCUAUAACUUUCGCGUAAAUUUUUUUUUUUAAAGGAAUUCAUUUCCGUUGAUACUUUUUGAUGUUUCUUUUGCAAAAAACAAAACAAAUCUCGAAUUUAUAUGGAACUUUUUGAGAAUACGGGAAAUGGUAGAACCAAAUCCUUUUCUACAUUUCCUCCUUUAUUGUGAUUAAAUUUUAUUUUGUGCGCAUUCGAUGCAACGAACGUUGUAUUGAAAGUAAAAAUUCUGAUAAAAAUAGAUCGUUGAUAUUAAGAGUCACAUUUUAUGAAUAAAUGCAUAGUUUGGCAACAAAGGGAAUGUUAUCACGAAACGAAUGGCGUUGGAAGUUAAAACAGAAGUGGCGUGAAAUCAUUGGAAAAAUUUGAAUUUAUUUCAUUGAUUUAUCAAUCGUGAACCAUUCAAUUCGCAACGGUUUGUCAACAACGUCCGAAACAGUAGACACAACAUUUUGUUGAAUAGAAAUGUUUCAAACUGAAACGAAUCACUUACGAGUGACAAUAUGAUGUAACAAAAAAAAAACCGAUUCGGUCAUGUAACCAUUGUGAUAAAAUCAUUAAGACAAACAUUAUGCUUUUUGUGUUCUCUGCUCUCGUGAUGUUUGUAUUCAAUCAGAAAGGUUUUUUCAUGCUCGCGUUGUGGUUUGCCUUAUUUUAUCCCCUCAAUGAGGAAUUGUGUUUUCCUGACUACUGGUCGAAUGAAUUUCUAGUGAGGAAAUUGCAGCACUUUCUCUCCCGUGCGGAAAAAAUAGAACUUUUCUUAUACGAACUGUCACUUUGUUUAUGUUUUCGAAAAUAGCAUAGCGAAUCGAUGUUUUUGUUUCGUUGGAGAAAAACACAACACGCACGCAUGAAAACCGUUGUGUUCACGAUCCAUUUACUUUAUCUACAUCACUAAAAAAAUCUUUGGUUUCCGUAGUGUAGAAAUAAUGUUCCAGCGGACCAAUUGUUUGUAUAGUCAGUAAACCAACUGAACAACUCUCAGUUAUCCAAUUGUUGUUUAAAUAAAAGACUUGCACAAUUCUGCAAUUUAGUUAGCUAGCUGCACAGACAACGACAAUUAGCUUAUAG